GACAGAGCAGAGUGCUCACAUUUAUAAAUACUCUUUGGAAACUAAAGCUAGUCUUCACUGGUGAUGAAACAGUGUUUAUUGGCGAGAAGUGUGUUUGGUUGUCAUUCCUUAAGAGCACUGGAAAAUGUGAGACAAAUGUGCAAAAACAUGUCACUGAAAGAGGUCAGCUGUUAAUAAUCAAUGAUCAAUCAGCAACGGACAGAUUGUUUUAAUAACUAUAAUAAUACACACGCACAUGCACACACACAUGACAGGAACACACAUGCUGUCAUGUAAUAAACAGAGCAGUCUCCAUAAGUGGGGGAAGAACACAGUAGUCUCCAACCGCCCGAGACAAUACCAUGAUUGGGUAUCUUUAACAGGGGACUAGGGAGGGGAAAAUGCAGGCUUUAAAAAAAAAAAAAAUAUGUGAUUGCGACAUUCGAUAUUAUAGCAAAAGUUUAAGGCCCUUUCCAGCAGCAAGAAUGAGAAAAAGCCCCAGUACCGCAGCCCGCCAUUCCAUUCUCUCUCCCUCUCUCUCUCUCCCUCUCUCUCUCUCUCUCUCAUCUUCCCCAACGCCAAUUGAUUUGUGUAUGAAAAGCCGGCGCUUUUUCGCCCCCCUCUCCGGUGGUGCGUUUUGAGUGAUCAGCUGAUGAAGAGGCUUGCUGCACGCUGCUAUGCUGGCUUGCUAAUUCUUUCCCCUCCAGCUGAUAUCCAGCCUGCACACCACAGUCAGGCUGUGGAGAACGGGGUUUCUGAGGACAUGGAGGAGGAAACCAGCCUGAAGAAGCGCAAAGGUGACCACCAAGGCAACAAAGACUCUGAGCCUGGACCGGAAGGGGCCGAAAAAGUGAAAAAACGCAGGGGACGACCGCCAGCGGAGAAACUCCCCCCAAAUCCUCCAGAUCUUACCAAACAGAUGAACACCAUCGUGGACAUGGUCAUCAACUACAAGGACACGUUAGGAAGACAGAUCAGCAAGGGUUUUGUGCAGCUGCCCUCCAGAAAAGAGGUGCCUGAAUACUACGAACUCAUCCGCAAACCUGUGGACUUCAGGAGGAUAAGGGAACGUGUGCGCAAUCACAAGUACAGAAGUGUUGCUGAUCUGGAAAAGGACAUUGUGCUGAUGUGCCAUAAUGCUCAGACCUUCAACCUGGAGGGUUCACAGAUCUACCAGGACUCUAUUGUACUGCAGUCAGUCUUUGAAAGUGCUCGGCAGAGAAUCGCCACUAAUGACAAGAGUGACGAAGAGAAAGCUGCCUUAGCAAGAGAUGAAGCAAAAGCAGAGCCAAUCCAGCAACACAAAAACGUUGACAAAAGUAAUAAUGCUAGUGCUAUAUCAAAUGCUAAAGCGGUGAGCGGCUACAGCUAUGAGGACAGUGGAGAGGAACACGAGGACAAUGCUGGACAGGAAGAAGACUGAUCUGACAAUCUUCAUACCUCUAACUGGGUGCAGUAUAUAGAUGGCAGUUCACACAUUGGUCUGAGUUAUAUGCAUUCAAUUCAUAAUCAAGUCCUCUCUUAUUCCUCUUCAUCUGAUGAAAUAUAUUAUUACAUGAACUUUCAUCCUAUUAAAUCAUUAAAAAGAAUACAUUUGGCCGAUGAUAAGGAGCAGACUGUGAGCUGUUGACUAUAGGGUCCAUCUCCCGUGCAUUGAUACCAAAUCGUUUGGUUCCAGACAUUCAUUUCCAUCUUUGCUAUUCAGCUAUUUUGCUUGGACAUUGCAGACAUUUGGAUUCAUACUCUCAUGCAUUCUUUCCUUGUGGAAAAGAUGAUCUCAAAGGACUGCACUGAAAACAGAGGAAAGGGUUGCUUUUCUUCCACGAGAUGUGCCCAGCCUUAAACUGCCUUUUUUGUGUCCACAAGAGUUCAGUCCCCUCCCUCUGUCUUACCCUAUGACUCCCUCCUCCUCCUCCUCCUUCUCCUCCUCCUCCUGCUCCUCCUCCCCUCCCUCCCUUCUCUCCUGCUCUCAUCUGGCCUCUACAUUAGUUUUCAGCCCUGCGUCUGGGUGAGACGUGAAGCUGCAUGACUUGAGAUGUUUGUACUGAUCAGCCGCUGCGCCAUCCAUCUUUUUUAACUGUUGUAAAAUCCUUGACUAUAUGUGAGUGGGAAAAAGCCCGGUGUUGUCUUGGAGCAUGAAGAUGAUGUAACUCAGCUACCACAGAAUAUGCCCUCAAAGAGGCGCCUUUUGAUGACAUCUUUUACAGUAUGUAGUCUACUCAGAUCUUGUUGGGGAACUAGGGUGGGUGUACAGUCUGACGUUUAUAAAGGUUUGUAUGAAACGGUUGGAAUAAAGCUGUAAAACACAA